AUGACUAAUUACUUCAUUUAUGCAAAAGAUUUUUCCGGUUCGACGCACUACGAUACUCAUUACCACAGCAACGGCUUGCAAACCUUAGAACAAUUCAAAAAAGACGUAGAAAGAAUCAAAACAGAACUAUUAGUUGCUGGAGAACCUCCAACAAACUCGAAAAUAAUUUACUUGCACUGGGGAAAAUCCUGUUACGAAGUCGACGAAGACAUAACUAGAACAAAAUACAUUGAAAGGCAAGGUGAUGAACCUGCGACAGAGCCAAUAUCAAUUGUCAAAUGGAUUCAAGAAAAUUAUAACAUCUGCAGUAAAACUAACAAAAUCAAGUUACUGUACAUCAUCACAGAUGGUUUAAUUGAUUACCAGUGUGCAGAUGAAUGCUUCAAACAGAACGAGAACAAGCAUUACGAAAUGGUUGUAUUCCACGCAUUCAAUCAAAAUUUGGAUGCAAUCGACCUUUCUGUAGCUGCAUCUUUUUUCAAGAGCCGCUGUAUGAUUUAUCGAAAUUACGAACUCUUUGAUAACAUCGAUCUUUCCAACGAGUUUGACUACGAUAAGAUCAACGUUAACAAUUUUGCAGCGGAAAAAGAUCAAUUGAAGUCUUAUAUCAGAUUUAAGUUCAUCAAUAAAAUGAAUCACGAUGCUCUAGCUUUGCGAGAAAUCGAUAAAUUAAAGAAGUUGCGCAAUCGACUGUUCGCCGAGUUGUCACUGAAAUCACAAAAGAGUGACCUAGAUACAAAGGACAGAAAUAUAUUCCUGUUUAAAUUUGCUCGCACGAAGUGGUACAAAAACCUCACUACUGACAUCCAUAAUGAAAAGGUUGACAUCGAGAAAUGUAUUUCGACUCUGAUCAAUUACAUAGUCAGCGAAAAAAAAUCCUACUCGUUCGAUGAAUUGAAGUUUGAAACGAAAUUUGACAAUCCUAUAGAAGAGCAGCCGAUUGUUGAUGUUAACUUCCCAGCCGAACAAGAAAUUCAAUUCCCUGAUAUCAUUCUGGAUGACGACAAAGGAAUCCCUGUUGUUAUUCUAACGGAGUUUAGUCUGCUGGACAAAAUUAUAUUCCAUAGAACAAGUACGACUGAUGUGUCACCUGCCAGUUUUAGCAAAUUCAAAUCAGCUAUGGAGUGUCCGUUGUUUUUGGUAACCGAUUCAGGGAUCAGUGAGUCAAUUGGUUACUUUUACACUUUGAAUGCUUACAAACAGAUGUUGGUACAUAAUACAAAAACUGAACCGCGAACACGAAGACCGUUUCACGGCGGCCUUGUGCUGAUAGACACAGAUCAUUUUGAUAAUUAUAACGAUUACAUUUUGUCUGCGACGUACUUUGAUUUCAAAAAGGUUAAGUACAAUAUUGGGUUGUUUUAUUUCGUGCUGUGGAAAAAUUGUGAGAACAAAGAAUGGAUGGAUAAGAACGUUGUUGAACAGUUCAAGAAAUAUGCUAUGCGACGUAUCAAUAAAACUGUGUGCAAAAUUGGACUAUCGUCUUUGCCACUAGAUCCUGACGAAAACACAUCGUUGCUAACUGCGUUGUGGUACUGCGUUGAAUUGUCUUCAUGCAUUUUCAAAAAUGAUAUUUAUAAUUUCAUGCACGAACGCUUGAGAAUGUUCUACGGCGUAGCGCAUUCUAUGAUCGAAAUCUUGAAGUGGUUUAAUUAUGAUUUAGAUCUGGAGUCUAUUGAAAAGCGUAGGAAUCUAAUUAGCAAUGUGAUGAUUUUGAAGAAAAUUCCAAAUCGUACAGAGAAACUUUAUUAUUUGUUGAAAAAAAUUUUUAAGACUGAAGACGGUUUUCUUGUGAGUGAAAUUGAAAGGCCGCAAAAUCUGUACAUACUCAAUUUUCUUAAAUUAGAUCACAAGGGAAUGUUGCACGAUGAUGUGAUAGAAGAAAAGGUUCAUUUGAAUGACUACGUACAUUUGAUGCAUUAUGUAGGAGAUACGAGCAAAUUCAAAGCCGAGGAGGAUACGUUUGUAAUUUGUGAAAAAACAUUCCGUCCCUUUUUUAUUGUCGAUCAAAACAAGUCAUUUUACACCGAAUUAGUCAAGAUUACAAAGAAAGUAGUUAUCAAUAAUGAUGACGACAAAGAUAGAAUUGAAGUGACCUACAAUGCUGUCGAUUCACUUGAGUUUAGUAAAAUUUUGUCUCUAUACAAUCUUUUUAUUAAUUGCGUAAAGGAUUCCGAGAAAUAUCCUAACUUACCUGAGUACAUUGAUUAUAUUCUCAAGAGAAAGAAAUUUUAUUGUGAUUUGGUAACAAUUUUUCCGUCUAAUGUUUAUGUUGCCGCUGUAGAAGUGUAUGGGCGUUAUCAGAGAAUGUUGAAUAAGGUUCAUGUCAAUGAAUUUAUUAAAGUGUGCAAAGCAUAUGUUAAUCGAAGUGAAAGGAUUAAAGCCGAAGAAAUAAUCAAGUUCAGUAAUGACAGAGAAAUUAACGAAUUUAUUUCUAGCGAGGAAUUGAAAGUUCAUUUAAGAAAGAAACCGAAAAAAAUGGAUCUGCUG